AUGUCAACAACAUCAUCAAAAACUAGACCAAUUGUCAUUUCAGGACCAUCAGGAACAGGUAAAUCCACAUUAUUGAAAAAAUUAUUUGCUGAAUAUCCAGGAAAAUUCGGAUUUUCUGUAUCAAACACAACAAGAAAACCAAGAGAAGGAGAAACAAAUGGUAAAGAUUAUCAUUUUGUAACUGUUGAUGAAUUUAAAGAUUUAAUUAAUAAUAAUAAAUUUAUUGAAUGGGCUCAAUUUUCAGGUAAUUAUUAUGGUACUACUAUAAAAGCAGUUAAAGAUGUUUCAGAUACGGGGAAAAUAUGUUUAUUGGAUAUAGAUAUGCAAGGUGUAAAAUCAGUUAAAAAUACAGAUUUAAAUGCAAAAUAUCUUUUUAUAAGUCCUCCAUCAAUUGAAGAAUUAAGACAAAGAUUAGAAGGUAGAGGUACUGAAACAAAAGAAAGUUUGGAGAAAAGAUUAGCUGCUGCUAAUUCUGAAAUGGAAUAUGCAAAUACUGGUGCUCAUGAUUUAAUAAUAGUUAAUGAUAAUUUGGAUAAAGCUUACGCGGAGUUUAAAAAGUUUAUCUUGGACCAAUAG